GGCUCUUUUUGAAGGCGCCCACUGCUCGUACCUGACCGGCAAGUUGCUCAGCCAACACGUGGUCCGUGCUGGACCACGGUAAACAAAAUCGAGCGAGUGGGCCCAUGGGUUGGAUCGGCAUUUGGUACGGCCUCGGAGCGAGUAAGUUCCUUCAAAUGCGCCCUGGGAUCGGCUGCGGAGUCGUAUCAUACCACGACCCAGUCGACCCAGUGAUCAACAACACCUGGCGGGUGGACGGUUACCGGAUCCUUGCAUGACUUUGACACGAAUCCGGUGGUUCUUGAUGACGACAUUGAGCAAUGAUGCGGAAAAUGGCAGAGAGCGGAAAAGCAAUAGCGACUGGGUUGAACAUGGGAACAUUUGGCUAGGACAUGAGACAUGAAUGAGUGGCACUACAAGGUCAUCGAAACAGAGAGAGACAGUGUUCCAAAUCAGCUGACUCUAUUAGCGGAGUUGAGCGUGGAACAUCAACAACCAAGGAUGAUACUAGUCCGACCCAACGUCUAGGCGAGUCAUCAUGGAGGUCAGCCACAAUAUCGAGAACCAUCUCAAUAAACUUGCCAUCUUCUUGACGCGCCAUCUUAAUCACAUCCACAAUUUGCCGGACGAUUGGAGGGACCAUUAUGAUAAUCAAAAUUUUACUAGCAGGCUUGAAAGAGGCCAAGAGAGGUUAACCUCGAUUAUUGACAUUAUUGCUCGACCCCAUCUGAAAGUGGUUUUCGUUGGACGAACUAGCAGUGGGAAAUCUUCCGCCAUCAACGCCUUAUUGAACGAACCCAUUUUACCUAUGGGCCUGGGGCACACCACGUCAUGCUUUGUAGAGAUUCGAGGGUCCAAUCAAAAUCAGUCUUGGAUCAAUAUUCCUGGCCAAGAGGGUACUCUGGAUCAGCGAAACUCGGAGAGGAUCAUUACGUCCAUGAAUGAACUUGGAAACGCUUUGGCUGAGCAUCCCCUUCAACCUGAUUGUUGUAUCCAGUUGUUCUGGCCCCGAUCUAAGGCAGCUUUAUUGGAAGAUGAUGUCGUUUUGAUGGACACGCCCGGUUUGGAUGUGGAAACCGAUUUCGACUCGUGGAUUGACCAAUUUUGUCUGGAUGCAGAUCUAUUCGUGUGGCUCAUGAACGGCGAGUCGACUUUGAUGAUGCGGGAAAAGGCCUUUUUCCUUCAAGUGAAGAAGAAAAUUGCUCAACCUAAUAUCAUGGUUCUCGUGAACCGAUGGGAUGUGGCUUCCGAGGAGGAAGAGUAUUGGAUCCACGCCGCUUAUGAGCAACACGUUGCCCGAACUUUGGAGUUUUUCCAGAAGGAGCUCGAACUCCAAGUCUCAAAAUCCGAACUCUUAGAACGCAUGUUCUUCGUAUCGGCCAAGGAGCAAUUGGAACAGAAACUAGCCCCUGGAUCCACUGUUCGAGUUUCCCAAGAUUCCUUACCUUCAGUCAAAUUACUGGAAGAGCGAAACAACGACUGGAAUAGGUUCUUGGAGUCCUUGAGGUCUCAAUUGAGUUGCGCCUACAAAGGUCAUCGUUAUCUACCUUAUUUGGAUGUUGGAUUAGAUUUGGCUCGAGAUAUUCGAGAUGCUAAUGAUUUCGUAUCCAAGUCAGGCUCUGAAUUUAUAACUUCAAAAGAGCACGAGAUUGUCAAACUCAAUGCAACCAUGAAUGACUUGGAAGAGCACAUGGAAGAGCUGACCAAGGAGCUCAAAGGCGAAGUGCAAACAAUGCUGGACGAAAUUGAGGGCAUGGUCCGAAUCGGGUUCGAAGAUGAGCUUCACAAUCUCAGCACAUUCAUCUCCGAAUUUCAUGCCGUCUUCCACGGGGAUGAGCAAGUGAUUCUUGAUGUGUACCGCUCUCAGUUGAUCAGGCAUUUGGAGAACGCACUGGCAAUCGAUUUGUCCCAUUGUUUGUCUCAGAACAUUUGUGAUCGGGUUUUUGAAGUCCAAUGUCAGAUCCUCGCUCGAGUCACGGAUCUUCUUCCCGAGGUCAAGCGUAACUUCUUGGACCAUCAGCCUCGACGAAUGCCCAUUGAGUUGAACUUCUUUAUCCAAGAAAGGCAGCUGUUUCGCGAUUUCCACGAGGACGUUUCGUUCAAGUUCAGUUUGAGGCCCGCAAACCUGUUCAAGUGUUACUCCAAAGUCAGAUCGUUCCUGACCUCGUUCUCCCAUGGACAAGAUGUCAUGGCGGAGACGGAAUUCUCAUGGAAAAGGCUUCUAAGUUGGGCUUUCCACGCCUCGGUGGCCACUUCAGAAGCCUCAAUUGUGGCCUUGAUCAUGCUUUGUUGCUUAUAUCGAACCGCCAGAUUGCGGAUCUUGCUUGGCACGGGAUUAUUUUUUGGAACUUGCUAUUCGGUCGAGAAAUUGAUGUGGACCUCCAAGGCCAAAGAGAGGCUUAUUAAGCGCCAGUUCGAACAAUUUGCCAUCCGCAAAUUGAGCCCUUUACGAGAGGACAUUGUCCUCACUUGUCAGGAUCAAGUACGAAAAGAGUUGACCAACACUCUGGUUUUGGCCUGUGGAGCCGCGGAAGGAGUAUGUUUGUCCAUGAGAUCGGAAGCCGAUGCGUUGGAGAUGAAAUGUCAAGACGUCAUGAAAGACCUGCAUCGAUCCGAGGAUCUAAGUGCCAGUUGCAAUGAAUUGAUGGAGCAUCUCCUCCAAGCGCGUCAAAGCAUUUAAUUGCGUUGAUCUCAACCUCAGAUUAGCAUUCAUUCAGCAAAACCAUUCACCGCUUUAUUGCUUAAUUAAACGAUCAAAUCAAUUUCAAA